CCAUGCUCGCUCGUCUUCGUCUCUCCCGCCCGCCCCUCCACCCCCCGCCCCGCCGCGUGCCCCAGCGGCUGACGGGCUCCGUUCGGUCCGCGCAGGAGAUGCGCAAGUGUAGCCUUGUGGCGCUCCCACACUGGCGCUCCAUCCAACGCGCGGAUGAGGAGGAUUACCGCCUAGUGCUGCUUGAUGCUGGACACGAAGACGAGCUCCCGCAAGAGGCUAAGGACUUCUUGAAGGAGCACUCCAUCACGUUGCAGCCCUAUGAUUUGCACCUGGAUUACAACUAUUGGCCCGCAGAGGACAUCCUGGAGGCCAUACUUCCCGAAGACCUGGAAGAAAAGCCAUCGGGGUUCGCUUCAGUUGGGCAUGUAGCACACCUCAAUUUGAAUGACGAAUGGAUACCUUGGAAGCAUAUCAUUGCGCAGGUUUUCCUGGACAAAAACAGUCCUCACAUUCGUACUGUCGUCAACAAAACCGACAGUAUCAAGAAGAAUAUCUAUCGCGUGUUUCCGAUGGAAAUCCUGGCUGGAGAGCCCACCACCCUGGUGCAACAGAAAGAAGGCGAUUGUCAAUUCACCUUCGAUUUCGCCGAAGUCUACUGGAAUGCUCGGCUCCACGGGGAGCACGCACGUAUCGUCAGCCAGUUCAAGCCCGAGGACGUGGUGGCGGAUGUCUUCGCAGGUGUCGGACCCUUCGCCCUUCCCGCCGCGAAGAAGGGGUGUGCUGUCUUGGCGAACGACCUUAACCCGAAUGGCUACAAGUUUCUGCUCGUGAACAUCGCGGAUAACAACCUGACGGAUCUUGUGCAUCCUUCGUGUAUGGAUGGGCGUGAUUUCAUCCGAGAUGUCUUCAACCGGGUAUACAACGACCCCAUGCCGCCUACACCCCCACCCAAGAUCAGCAGGUCGCAGGCGAGAAAGCUGGCUAAGCAAAUAUCUCGAGAAAGGAGAGCACGGAAGAGGCGAUCUGGUGCGCAUUCAUCAUCCCCCGCCCGUUCGCCCUCUCCUGCGUCCACAGGGUCGCGCUCUCCCUCGCCCGUAGAGGCGGCGGAAACGCAUACGCAUUUCGUGAUGAACCUGCCUGAGACGGCGAUUGAAUUCCUCGACGCGUUCCGAGGCGUGCUGGGCCCAGAGAAUGCGGACGGGCGGGGAUUGAGCGGGAUAUACGACAGCCAGGAGAAGAUGCCGAUGAUCCACUGCUAUGGCUUCACAAGAGCAAAAGAGGCAGACCUCGCGACGGCGGAGAUUCGGCAGAGGGUGGAGGCCGCGUUGGCGGCGAAGCUGGUGGGGGCCGUGGAGUCGUACUGGGUGAGGAGCGUCGCGCCGAACAAGGAGAUGUUCUGUCUGAGCUUCCAACUACCGUACGAGGUCGCGUAUGCAAGCACAUGAGGUGCCGGCACUGUUGCCGCGGUAGUGUAUAGUAUUCACACAGUUUAGACUCUGUUCCGUGAGCGUGAGGGCCAUCGCGAAGGGACGCGCCGCGCGAGACGGACCGG